AUGGCUUCUUAUCACUACUUUGGCAACGAACGAGAAAGGAUUCCAAGAGAAACGUCGGAGUUAGUUGUUCAUCCACUUGUUCGAGAGAUUCCAGAUGCAGCUUGUCACAAGUUCGAGCGGCUGACACUCGUCAGCUUCAAUGGAUCCGCUUUAAAGACUGUUGGAAAAUAUGCGUUCUAUGAAUGUGUGAGCUUGCUGGAAAUCGCGAUUCCUCGGUCCGUGACAACUAUUGAACGCGAUGCCUUUUCGUAUUGCCGGUCAUUAAGGCAAGUUCAUUUUGAUGAAGAUGGUGUAUUGGCCGCCAUUGGAGAAUCGGCCUUUGCCUAUUGCCGCGCACUAGCCGAGGUGAGCAUUCCCUCUAGUGUGGAGACCAUUCGAUAUGGUGCCUUUAAUGAUUGUAAGUGCGUGACAAGAGUGUCUUUUCAGGAGGGGCUGAAAGUAAUGGAAGAGCGUGCUUUUGCCAACUGUGUCACAUUGCAAAAUGUGGACAUUCCGAGAACUCUUGAAAUAAUAGGCAAAGCUGCCUUUUAUAAAUGUACCUCGUUGGAGCAAGUGAAUAUGGGGGAAGGAAAUUUGAUGGCGAUCGGGGAGCAGGCCUUUUUGGGUUGUGUCAAAUUGCAAACGAUCAGCAUUCCUUCUACUGUUGAGCGCAUCAAAUCACUAGCAUUCCAGGACUGCGCUUCAUUGGGGAUACUAAACUUUCAGAUUGGUCUCAAAUAUGUGGACACUCAUGCCUUUGCCUCGUGCAAGAAUUUGCAAUCAGUUGCGCUACCAGAGUCGGUCGAAAUAAUUGGCGCAUUGGCUUUUGGACGAUGUCGCAAGUUGGUUUCAGUGGAAUUGAGAGAUGGUCCUAGAGAUCUGAGGAUACAUGGCAAGGCCUUUGAGGGAUGCAAGUCUUUCGUAAAUAUUUGUCUUCCCUCAGAUUCCAGGGAAUUCGGAAGAACAAAGCCUUCCCAACAUUUUAUAGGCUGCACAGCGCUGCGAAGUCAAUAUGACAAUGAUAGCAUUUUGCUUUCCCUGAAGCACCGAUUUGACAACUUUCCAAUACACAAAAGGUGUUACCACGCCUCUGUGACAACAACAGAUGAACUGGCUCAGGCGAUUGAGUCAUCAAUGCAAUCGUCGCAAAAAGGCAAUACUACACACGAUCAAUUGGUAGAUCCUUUCGGUAUGACACCAUUUCACGUUCUAUUAUCGGCUGCAAACCCCAGACUUGAUCUUUUGCAAGUUCUACUAGAUGCGUAUCCACCGUAUAUCCUCGGGUGGAAAGACUUGAACGGAAAGACAGCCGUUGAAUACUUGACCCAACGAAGCUAUCAUCUGUCUGAAAACUCACGAGACAUGCUUCGAAUGACUCUUCAUCGAUGGUUGGUGGGUGCUAUAUCGAGCUGGAAUGGGUUGGAAGCAUGGAAAUUGGGCAUCUCGAGUAGAAUUAAUGCGAUUAUGGCCGAGGACGUUUUGGAAGAAAGACGAUCUUUGCUUCGAGAAGCCUUGAUGGCUCUGUCGCGGUACGAGAAGAUUGAAGCCAUCACAUUGUUGGAGUUGUCUCUUUGGAAGAUGGAGAUGAAGGCGUCAGAUUGUGCACCAAUAGAGACUGCUGUCGACAAAGAGGAUGGCCGUGAAGCAUAUCGUAUUCGAAGUGGUGCUUCAGUUGUCAUCCCAAAUAUGAUCGCAUACUUCUAUGAAAGUAACUCGUGCAGCAGUGAUGGCGGUAGCCAAUCAUCUAGUGACGAUAACGAUUAUUAA